AAUUAAUAAACAACUCGCUGAGAUAAAGAAGAUGACAUUAAUAAGUGUGUGUUAAGUGAUAAAAUAAAUACUUUUCUUGUGUGUGAGAUCAAUAUUUGAAAAAUCCAUAUGAUAACGUGGACUUCAAGUAGAAAUAAGCCACCAAAAAUCGAUUGUUCUGUAAUACGAUAAAACAGCUGCGCACUUCUCCCACCAUCGCCGAUCCUGCCAUUGGUGCGUCGAACGAAAAGAGAAGGGGCUGUUCAUCAACCGUUCAAUAAAACGAAUCCGCGACCAUACUUACAAAAUGUUGAAAAAUCAUAUGAAAAUAGAGUUGUGGAUAUGUUCUAUAAAUAGAACAAUAACAUAUAUAAGCCUGAAAUACAAACCAAUUGUAUAAAUAUAAUUAUAAUAAUUAUACGCUGAUAUCUAACAUGAGGCAAUAACAAGAUCGAUGAAACUGACUUGUGACAUUAAUACACAUAUGUUGGUUUGAUAUAAGAAUGCAAAAGAAACGAAGAAAAGAAAUAACGAGACAAAAAUAAGUUUAUGUCAUGGCGAUAUAAAAAAAUUGGAAAUUAGUUGCAUAUUUUAUUUAACCUUGUGAAAUUGUUUUGAUCACAAUCGUUAAAUGUGAUUUGAUUCUGUGGCUGAUCUUGUGUGAUGUGUGCUGGUUAAAAAUAAUAUUCUCGCGUUAUUGUGCAGCGAAUCGCGACGUCGCGACGCAGUUUGUGCUGCCAUUUUGUGAUACUUCGUAUAUGUUCGACUAUCUUCGGGACGAAUCUUGGGACUCAAGUCACUUCAAGUGCAGUGUGAGCUUCACGCUCGAUGCAGUGAUGCGCAAAUCUCUGUGACAGUGAGAUUAUUUUGCGCGGUUUGUUUAAUUUAAACUCGUGUUUCAAAAGAUUGAUAAUGCAAAAAACAACGAUAACAAUGUUUCGUCAUGUUUAUAAAUGUUCUGUUCUCGAAAAAAUCAUUGCUGCUCCCGUAACAGCAUUUCAUUCGAGCCAAAUAAGCAUCUCGAGCGUUGAAUGAAGCGUCAUAUUUCUCGCAACCAACUUGUGCAUUUUUAAAAAAGUUUAAUGUCACGCAACAAGUUGGUUUUUUCAAGCGAGGUGAUAACCUUAAAGUGAUUGUUAAAGUGACAUUUCACUCUGUGCAUUUCGUAAUGGAGAAAAGGCUAGUUGACAAUGUUGCUGAUUCAGAAGAUAGUUCAACAAUUUCAUGUAUUAGUGGAAUAGAAGACAGUAAUGAGAUAUCAAAAGAAAAGGAAGAUGAGUUGUUAUAUAAUGGGGAAGACGGGGAAGAAGGAGAUGAUGAGGAUGUAUUAUCUGAUGACAGUUUGCGAUUGAGAUUGUCUGAUGAUGAUGAUGGAGAUACUGAACAACAUGAUACAAAAAAUUUACCAAAUAUUUCAGAAUUAAAGUUGCAAGAUCAGAAGACUGAACAGCCAGCUACAUGUGUAAUUCUAGACAAAGAAUUGUGUUCUACUCUGGCGCAGACUGUAGAAGAAGGCACUAAGAUUAAUGAAGAAUCAUUGGAUUGCGAUUCAGCAAUUGAUACUCUGGACAAAACUAUUAUCUUCAAUGAAUCAGAAAAACAUAUGUCAAACAAUAGUCCAGAAAACAUAAGUAUAACGGUCGGUGAAUUACUUGAUGGAAAGUAUAGCUCGGAAUCUAAUACAGAGCUAACAAUUAGCGAAAUAAGUAAUGCAUGUUCAAAAGUAACAUCUGAACAUGUAAAAUUAAAAACUGACAAUUUGUCAACAAAUAAUUAUGUACAACCAAGUAAUCUUCAAAAAUUAGUCCUAGAACCGCAUAAUGAAGACAAUUUAAAAAAGACGGCCAGCGAUCAUAAAGAAAUAAGUUCUCCUUGUAAAUCCAAAGUGAAUAAUGUAAUCGAUCCCGUUAAAGUUACAAUGUGUAACAAUGAAAAAUCAUUUACAGUUACAACUGUGUCUGAUAGUACCGAAGGCAAUUUAAAUGACAAAGUAAUCAGUGAGGCUAACACAAAUAAUAAUAAUUCUGCAAAUCACUCACUUGUUGAUGAAAUUAAUAACAGCGAAAAUUCUACCAAAGACAAUAACAUUAAUGACAUCUCUAAAGAUCAUGUUAAAUAUAAAUAUGAAAACCAACAGUCAAAACAUGAGGAUAUAAUACAAAGCAAAACUGAAAAAACGCAAUCUAUACAAGAAGAAGUUCAAGAGCAAAAUGAUAAUGUAAAAUACAGAACAACAACAUCAACUGAAGACUCUGAUACUAAUAAAUUUUGUAGUGAUUCCAUAUCUACGUUAAAAACCAAUUCGGUAACAUCUAGUAAUAUAGUGGAACUUAUGGAGAUAGAAAAUAAAACUGAAGAUGCUAAUGCAUUUCAAGAAAAAGUUUCAUUUGUAUCCUCUAUGGAAAACACUAAGAAUACAAAUAAAAACAUUGACGUUAUUGCUUCAAGAAAGAAACGCGCAAAGAGAGAUAUAAUACCAGAAUAUAUUAUAGAAGAUGAUAAAAAAGAGCGACAAAAACGAAAAACUGCUAAAAAUGCAGAAGAGAUAAUUAGAAAAAAAUAUCUUAAUAACGAUAGCGAUUCUACCGAAACAGAUGAAGAAGAUGUUACGGUUAAAUCACAUCGAGAUGUACGUUCUGCAUCUCCUUCAUUGAAACGUAAUUGUUUGGAUAAGUCAGAAUCUUUUAACGGUGUUAAGAAAGUGAAAAUAGGAGAUAAUACUGAGACUGCUAAAAGUACUGCAAAAAAUGAUAUUGUUAAAUUAGCCUUUGUCGAGAAACUUUACCAAAGGGAUGUUAAAGAAACGUUAAAAAAACUGACACAGAAGGAACUAGAAGAAUUCGUAAUUCAAAAGAUUGCCGAGACAAUUACAAUGCGUAGUGAAAUUGGGCAACUUAGAGAACAAGCUCGUAUAACGGAGAAAUUGCACGAAGCAACGCGCACGAAAUUACAACAAUUAAUGAAGCAAAUGAAAGAUUUCGAAAUGGUUCUCAGUCGCAACGCAGCAGAUCGUCGUCUGAACGGCGACAAGCCUGUUGCACCUAUAAAAAUUAAUAGAUCCGUGGGAUUGCAAGUCAAUUUUAUCACGGAACAUGGAAUGCAAAACUUACGACAAGUGCAACAAGUACAACAAGUGCAACAAGUUUCACUUCUCAAGCCGCCUACAAACGUGCCGAUUAGUUCACCAUCUUUUGAGCCAAAUUCUAACGUACCAAAGCGCGGUAAUGGGGUCAAAAUCAGAUCGCCCCGACCUUUAGCACCUGCGCCCACCACUUCUACAACCUCACAGAAUCCGGUACCGCCUAUUAUUCCCACUGUAACACCAGCAGCUUUAGUUGUUGCUAAGCCUUUAGAUUCUUCGCAAAUGACAAAACCUAUUGGCGUUCAGCCAAUUUUAUCUGCUCCAUCAACUCCACAGCAAACCAUUGUUUUAAAUGGUAAUAUACAAGGUCAAAUAAAGUGUCCUCCAUUGAUAGCAUCAAAACUAAAUAACGAUCUUAUUGAUCUCACAGAUGAAGAGGAAAAAAAUAAGUCAACUGUAAAAGUUACAACUGUAACUGCAAAUUCUAUGACUACAAACACAGUAGUAGAUCAUACACUAACGACAAAACCUGCCCAAGCACAAGCUUUCUCUAGGUUAAUUCAAACAAUACCAGCAAAUGUAACAAUAACGACGCCGCCAACUAAUUUAAGAUUAAUAGCACCUAAUCCAGCAACGCCAACUGCUAUAGUAAAUAAUAUAAAUACGCCCAGGUUGGCUUAUGUGUUGCCCACUACUAUAGGUUCAACAAGACAAGUCAUAAUAACAUCGAAUUCUAAUCAACCUAUGCAGAUACGACCGGUAACUACAUGUAAUAGACCGUUCUCAACUGUUACUUAUAAAGCGGGUGCAGGCAUUUCAACAAUUGCGAACGGUAAUGUGCGCGUGGUAAAUACAGCCACUCCGCCAAAUUUACAGCAUCCUGCGCCGUUACCAGAUACUCCGGCUUAUACAGUAAUUCCUGGAUGGAAACUCCCACCGCCUGCUCCGUCGUUAAAAAUCACAAAAGUCUCAAAUGGUAUAGUGUUGUCUUGGAACAUGUCUUUGUCGGAUAUGCAUGCAGAUAUCGUGAGUUAUCAGUUAUACGCGUAUCAAGAAAUACCUGGUGUAAAUGCUAGUACAUCAUUGUGGAAAAAAGUAGGCGAUGUGCGGGCACUACCGCUACCUAUGGCGUGCACGUUGACUCAGUUUUCUGAGGGUAACAAUUAUUAUUUCGCAGUCAGAGCAGUCGAUACACAUUCUAGAAAGGGACAGUAUAGUACACCUGGUAAUAUCUCUUUAUAAAAAAAAAAAAAAAAAAAAAAAAAAACACUAAUGUUUAAUAAUUAAUUUUCAUUCUUCAAAUUCACUGCACUUGUUUUUGCUGCAAAAUAUCUACAAAAAAAACCAUUUCUCAAAGAAAAGAAAGUUUUAUAAAAAAAAGUUUUUGUGGUCUAAAAAGAAGGAUUCUUUUUAAGAAGUUUUUCUACUCAAAGAAGAAUCUAUCAAAAAAAGUUUAAGGUUGUGAUUUUAUGAGUUUUUACUUUAUUUAACGCUAAGGUAAUUUAUUAUUUAAAAACUUGCCACCUAUUUGAUUUUCGAUAAGUCUUAAAAUACAAAUAUUUGAAAACAAGUGACUAGUUUUUUUUUUGUAUAAUUAUAUUGUAUAAACAGAAAAUUGAUAGGAAAUUUGAACCAAAAAAAAAAAAAAAAUAUGAAAUAUCGAAAUUCUUGAAAGAUUUUAAAUCUUCCAGAAAAGAAAUUGUUUCUUGUAUAGACACGCCCUGCUACAAAGAAGUACGAGGGUGCGAUUGAUCGAAGUAUCCGAAUCAGCAACAAUGUUUGACAUUCUGUUUGAAGUAUAAAACUUGUCAACAGCAAUGUGAUAAUAAUGUCGCUAUCUAUGAGUCGUUUUGAAUACUUUAUUAAUUGCCUCUCGUACUUCUUUGUUUAUAUAUAAAUUACAAUGCAAAGAGACAGUAGAUUAUUUAAUAACAUGUCAUAUUACAUUGAUUUUAACUCAACAAGUAACUCUUUCACUGCUAUUGAUGCACAUAUCGUGUGCUGACAAAAUGUUAUAUAGUACCCAGCAUCAAUUGUAACUGUAACUUUAUUGCUUGCAGCAAACCCUUCGUGUUUUUUUUUUUAAUCUUCCGCAGCGAAAGAGUUAAGGAAACUUUGUUUUGUAUAGAAUAAAGAAACAUAAAUAAUUUUUGCGACUUUAAAAAAGUAAGAUAAUUAAAAAAAAAAUAAAGUAUAUAAAUAUUACAGCAGAGUUCCGCUUUUCUCACAUAAUUCGCACAGUAAGUUUCUUCUUUUUCUAUUUUCUUUUUAUCGAACAUUUCAAUAGACUGUUCUUUUUCGAAGUAUAGCAGUUUGCUCUAGUUCUGAACUCUGUUUCAAGUGUUUAACUAGUGCAAGAAUAUAGUCAUAAAAUGAGCGCAAAGAUACAAAAACAUAAAAAAAAAAAAAAAAAAACGCUUAAGUAACUACAUUUCACUUUAUCGUUAAUUUUUCCAAAAACAACUGACGUCUUGUUAAAUAAAUA